CGAAGAGUAUACUUUUCUUCCGCCACCAAUGGCUCUACUCUUGUACAUCACUUGCGCUUUGGGCGUCGCCUUGAUUGUUAGCAGGCUACUUCACAAACAUCGCACUCGUGGAAUGCCGUACCCACCUGGCCCUCCAGGACUUCCCAUCCUGGAGAAUAUUCUCGAUAUUCCGAAAGAGAAAGAAUACAAAAUCUAUGCCCAGUGGGGAAAGCAAUAUGGCGAUGUUUGCUCUGUAUCUACCUUUGGCACCAGACUUAUCAUUCUAAACUCUCCCGAAGCCGUGUCCGAUUUGAUGGACAAGCGGAGCGCGAUUUACUCCAAUAGGCCCGCGUACACAAUGGCCGGAAACCUUUGUGGGUGGAACGACGUCCUUGUUCUCCUACCUUACGCCGCUCGUCUCCGUUCGUACCGCACGAUGGUGCAUAAGAUGAUUGGGACCAAAAGUGCUCUCCAGGAGUUCGAUGGCUUCAUGGAACGAGAGGCUAUCCUUUGCGCACGUCGUUUGUUGGAAGAUCCAAAUGAUUUCAUUGGGCCCAUACGCAAGGGUGUUGGCGCCAUUAUAUUGAUGAUAUCGCACGGGUAUAAUGUCAAGAAUGAACACGAUGCUCUGGUCAGAGCUGCGGAUGACGCUACCGACCAAAUCGGCAUUCUUCUGACACCGGGAACAUUUGUGGUCGAUCUUAUUCCCAUGCUACGCUUCCUUCCCCGAUGGGUGCCGUUUCACCUGAAGGCGCAACGCUGGAAGGCUCUCUUGCAUAAGAUGACCGACGACUCAUACAGCUUUGCUAAAGCUGCUAUGAUCGAAGGAAGAAAGCUGCCAAACCUCGUGAGCAGGUUCAUGGAUGGCCGUCAAGUCAGCAAGGAAGAAGAGAGCAACAUCAAAUGGGCCGCGUCCAGCUUAUAUUCAGGAGGCGCUGACACGCCCGUCUCCGCGAUGCAUUCGUUCAUCCUCGCAAUGGUUCUGUAUCCUGAGGUACAAGCGAAAGCCCAGGCCGAAAUCGAUAGAAUCGUCGGAACGGACAGGCUUCCGACGUUGGCCGACAAAGAGAGCUUGACCUACAUCGUCUGUCUCAUGAAAGAAGUUCUGCGUUGGGGGCACACCUCGCCUUUAGGUGCACCUCAUUGUGUGACUCGUGACGAUGUCUAUAACGGGUUCUUCAUUCCAAAGGGAUCAGUUGUAAUUGCCAAUAUUUGGCAUUUUCUUCACGACCCGGACGUGUAUCCUGACCCUCAUACUUUCGACCCCGAAAGGCACAUAUCCUCAAAAGAUAAACCUGCGCAGCGUGAUCCCUACGAUGUGUGCUUUGGAAUCGGGCGCAGGACCUGUCCUGGAACUCAACUAUCGGACUCGAUGCUUUUCAUCUUCAUGGUCACUCUUCUGGCCACGUACAAUAUUAAUAAAGUCAAGACUAGCGAUGGAGUCGGCGAACCGAAGUACGACUUCACGAGUGGCGUUCUCAUUCGCCCAAAGGCUUUCCGUGCGGCCUUGACACCGCGCUCGGCGGCCGCUCGAGCACUUCUCAACGAAGAGGAAGUGUAG